UGGCUCAAGUGGUAGAGAGCUAGCCUUGAGUGAAAAAGCCAGGGGCUGGGAUUAUAGCUGUGAGCUCCCAUGCUUGGCCUGGACUGUGAGUGGAGACUCUGAGCAAAAGGCUAGUGGGAAGGUGGAUGGCGGGGGGGUUGUUAGGGGGGAUUGAAACCCUGGCUCAACCUAGCCAUGCCUAGCCAUGUGGGGGGCACAGAUGGGGUUGGGGUGACAUGGGGUCUACCUAGGAGCAUAGAUGGAAGGCAGUGGAUCGUGGGGGAGGCCUCGCGUGUCAGGUCCUCGGGUCUCAACUUGACCUCUGUGUCUUGUCCGGACACCAUCCAUCACGGAGCUGACUCAGAGCUGGAGACAGGCGAGACACAAUCACAGCCAUGUCCCUCGGCGGAUGAGCAAAGCUGGGUCCCAAGAGAGGAAGGGAGAGGCCCGGGGUCACACAGGCGGAGGUGGUGUGGGCUAGGACAAGGGCCCAUCGCCCAGCCUCACCCCUCACGGGCCUCCCCGUUUCUCUUCCCCUCUCCCUCAGGGAGGUCCUAGGGCUGGUAGACAUGGUGGCCCUGGAGAACGGGGAGCUGGGACCCCUUCUGUCCCCUGGCACCCUGCUGGGCUUGGAGGACGAAUGUGUCACAGAUGUCAAGGCUCAGACGCGGGCAGCCCUUCUUCGAGUUCUCCAGGAGGACGAGGAGCGCUGGAGCUGCCUAGAGGACCAGCCCAGCGGCCUGGCACAGGACGUGUGUGAGCUGCUGGAAGAGCACACAGAAAGAGCGCCCCGCAUCAGCAAGGAGUUUGGGGAGCGCAUGGCCCACUGCUGCCUGGGCGGGCUGGCAGAGUUCCUGCAAAGUUUCCAGCAGCGAGUGGAGCGUUUCCAUGAGAACCCAGGAAUCCGGGAGCUGCCCACAGAUGUCUACAUCAGCAGGACCAUUGCCCUGGUCAACUGCGGGCCCCCCCUGAGGGCUCUGGCAGAGCGUCUGGCCAGGGUGGGUCCCCCUGAGAGCGAGCCCGCUCGGGAAGCCUCGGCCUGCGCCCUGGACCGCGUCACCCGGCUCUGCCACCGUGUCCUCAUCGACCUGCUGUUCCAGGAGCUGCAGCCGCACUUCAACAAGCUGAUGCGCAGGAAGUGGCUGAGCAGCUCCGAGGCGCUGGAUGGCAUCGUGGGCACGCUGGGCGCCCAGGCGCUGGCCCUGCGCCGCAUGCAGGACGAGCCGUACCAGGCGCUGGUGGCGGAGCUGCACCGGCGCGCGCUGGUGGAGUACGUGCGGCCCCUGCUCCGGGGCCGUCUGCGCUGCCGCUCGGCUCGAACCCGCAGCCGCAUGGCCGGGAGGCUGCGUGAGGAUGCGGCGCAGCUCCAGCGUCUCUUCAGGCGGCUGGAGUCCCAGGCCUCCUGGCUGGACGCGGUGGUACCACACCUGGCGGAGGUCCUGCAGCUGGAAGACACACCCAGCAUCCAGGUGGAGGUGGGGGUGCUGGUGCGGGACUACCCAGACAUCAGGUGA